UUGAAGGGUCACGGAGAUGACACGUUCACAAGUCAACCAACAGCAAUGCAAUGGAAGCAAAAAAUGAAGACAUUGUUCAUCAGUAAGAGCUCAAGCUUCUCGUCCCGUGGUGUGAUUACUGGUGAUCCAUACAUUGGUCUCAAUGUUGUUGGGGUGCCUGAGGAAGUAGCAAAGAGAAUGUCAGUAGAAGAAAAAGUCACAGACCACAACAUUGCUCAAUUGCAAGACAUGAUGAAUAAAGGACUAUGUUUGACAUAUACAGAUGCCAAUUCCAUCACGUACUCAUUGGAUGCAGGGAAGGACAAUCCGAACAAGAAACACACCAUACUGAAGGUCGGCGAAAUUGUCAACAGAAGGGUUUUCGACGGGGAUAUUGUCUUCCUCAACAGGCCACCAAGCACUGAUAAGCACUCAGUUGAGGCCUUCUAUGUCCAAGUCCACAAUGAUCACACCAUAAAGAUCAACCCACUCAUUUGUGACCCACUUGGAGCAGAUUUUGAUGGUGACUGUGUCCAAAUCUUCUACCCAAGGUCGCUUUCAGCAAGAGCUGAAGCUAAAGAGCUAUACACUGUGGAUAAGCAGCUGGUGAGCUCCCAUAAUGGGAAACUGAACUUUCAGUUCAAGAAUGAUUUCUCACUAGCUCUGAAGAUCAUGUGUGGUAGGGAGUAUUCUGAGAGGGAAGCAAACCAAAUUACAAAUGCAAUGUUCUCAUCAGGGAUGUACCCCCAGAAGCCACUGAUUGGUGGACCUUACUGGACCUUUCCUCAGAUUCUAGAGACCACUAAAUCUAAUGCAAUAACACUGGCAGACCAUCUUGACAGAGAAUCUGUUGGAGCCUUAGCUACUGGUACCACCAUCUCAUCGAUCCUUUCUACAAAGGGUCCAAGGGAGGCCACAGAAUUUCUGAAUCUUCUGCAGCCCUUACUAAUGGAGUCACUGCUUAUUGAUUGCUUCAGCAUAAAUUUGGGAGAUUUCACUGUCCCAAGUCCAAUUCUGGAAGCUAUUCAAAAUAAUCCACUUGAGCUAAAUAAGUACAGGGAACCAAUUAUGGAUUUCAUAACCCAUUCUUCUGCCAUAGGACUGUUGGUUGAUCCCAAAAGUGAUUCCAACAUGAACAAAGUAGUGGAGCAGCUUGGUUUCCUGGGGCCUCAACUACAACACAACGGAAGACUAUACAGUAGCAGGUUAGUGGAGGAUUGCCUGUCUAAGUCUCUGCACAGAUGUUGCGGGAGUACCAAUUGUUGCAACCCUCUAGAGGAAUAUGGUACUGUAAGGAGCUCAAUUUACCAUGGACUAAACCCAUAUGAGGCUCUACUUCAUUCUAUAUGUGAAAGGGAGAAGAUAAUGCGUGCAUCUAAAGGGCUAGUGGAGCCUGGCAGUCUUUUCAAGAACAUGAUGUCAAGACUCCGAGAUGUCACAGCAUGCUAUGAUGGAUCCAUAAGAACUUCGUCUGGUAACUUAGUUCUUCAGUUUGGCUCAAGGGAUGCAUCAAAUUGUGUGACACCAGGUGACCCCGUUGGUAUCUUGGCAGCCACUGCAGUUGCAAAUGCUGCUUACAAGGCAGUGUUGGCUCCUAAUCAGAAUAAUAUAAUUUCUUGGGACUCGAUGAAGGAAGUACUGCUUACUAGGGCAAGCACUAAAGCUGAUGCCAAUCACCGAAAGGUCAUUUUGUAUCUGAACCAGUGCUCUUGUGAAAAUGAAUGCAUGGAGAGAGCACUCACAAUUCGAGCCUGCUUAAGGAGGAUCAAAUUAGAGGAUUGUACCACAGAGAUAUCCAUCAAGUAUCAACAGCAAGCAACUCAAGCAGCUCAUCAUCUUGUUGGCCAUAUUCACCUUGACAAGAAGCAAUUGAAUCAGAUUGAAACAAUUAUGGACAGUGUUCUUCACAAAUGCCAGGAGACUUUUAGGAAUAACAUAAAGAAGAAGGGAUCGAUGCGUGAAAUAUUGAAGACAGUCACUUUCAUUUCAAGCACAAGUUUGUGCGACCAACAUACAGAUGAUGAUAAAAAAUUUCAGGUUUCCUGCUUGCAGUUUUUCCUCCCUGGAAGCAUCACUAAAAAUAUAUCUGAAUCUACUGAACGAGUUAUCGAUUUCAUGACUAAUGCCAUUUUCCCUAUAAUUUUAGACACUGUUAUAAAAGGUGAUCCUCGAGUUGAGGAAGCCAACCUAGUAAGGAUUGAACCAGAAUCAACAUUUUGGGUCCAGAGCUCUGGUGCAGAACAGAAAGGCGAGGCGGCACUGGAAAUCACUGUGGAAGAGGCUGCGGCUGCUGAGAGUGGCAAUGCCUGGGGAGUAGCAAUGAAUGCAUGUAUCCCUGUGAUGGAUCUGAUUGACACCACCAGGUCUAUGCCGUACGAUAUACAGCAAGUCCGACAGGUGUUUGGCAUUUCCUCCGCAUUCGAAAAAGUCACACAGUACCUUUCCAAGUCUGUUGGAAUGAUUACAAAAUCAGUUCUCCAAGAGCACCUGACAACAGUUGCAAGUAGCAUGACCUGCACAGGCGAUUUGCAUGGCUUCAACAACUCUGGCUACAAGGCCACAUGUCAAUCUCUGAAGGUUCAGGCACCAUUUAUGGAGGCUACACUAUCAAGAUCAAUACAAUGCUUUGAGAAGGCAGCAGCGAAGGCCUACUCCGAUCAGCUGGGCAAUGUUGUAUCAGCCUGCUCUUGGGGCAAUAAUGCAGAAAUUGGAACUGGUUCAGCUUUUGAAAUCCUUUGGAAUGACGAGAACAUGUCAUCAAGCAAGAGUAUCCUUGGUGGGUAUGGUCUGUAUGACUUCUUGGAAGCAGUAGAAACAACAGGAGCAACUAAAGAUAAGGCAAUUGUUCCUCAUAACUACUGCUUAUAUGAUGUUGACUGCAUUCCAGAGGAUAAAGUAUGUUUAGAAGAAAACAAUCAGAUCACCUGGACAGACAAACCAAAAGCUGAAUUCCUGAUGGAAUCUGAGGGUAGGAGGGCAGGGAUGCACAGCACUGGCCAAAAACAUCCGAGGAAGCCAAAUUGGCAUGAAGGAAACACCAAGAGUUCCCCAAAUUCUACUGCAGUAGAAUUUACUGGUCAGGUGUUCCAGAGAAGGCAACUGAAGACCAAGAGUAACUGGAACUCAGAUGCAACACAGCAAGAUGAUAAACCAAGUUGGUAUAGUUCAAAUAGCGCGGGCACACAGAACUUCACCAUUGCAGGAUCAUCCCGACCAGGUGAAUGGAACAGGAAGAAUAAUAAUCGCGGUCAAGGUGGUGGUAGAGAAGUGUGGAAAUCAGAGGGACCACACCGUGGAGGCAGUAGCAGUAAUAGGAAUCAAGGUGGUGGUAGAGCAGUGUGGAAAUCAGAGGCAUCACACCGAGGCAGUGGCAAUAAUAGGAAUCGAGGUGGUGGUAGAGCAGUGUGGAAAUCAGAGGCAUCACGCCGUGGAGGCAGUAUGAGGCAGGUAGCGAGUUGUGCUUUUACACCAGUGGAGCAGCAGAUAUUUGAACAAAUCGAACCAAUCACAAAGAAUGUAAAGAGGAUCAUCCGUGAAUCGAGGGACGGUAUUAAACUUCCUCCAGAUGAUGAGAAGUUUAUUGUCACAAAUGUUCUCAUGUACCACCCAGAGAGGAAGAAGAAGAUAGCUGGCAACGGCAACUACAUAACAGUCGAUAGGCAUCAGGUAUUCCAUGGAAGUAGGUGCUUAUAUGUCAUGUCCUCAGAUGGAUCCAGAAAAGAUUUCUCCUACAAGAAGUGCCUGGAGAACUACAUCAGAGCUCAGUACCCAGAUGCUGCAGAUUCAUUCUGCAGAAAGUACUUCAAAUGA